AUGUCAGAUAGCGAGGAAGAAAAACAGUCAGAAAGGAUGUCGGUAAGAGACAAGAUUAAGGCAUUUGAAAGUAAAACACCAAGCAUGAACCAGGCUUCCUCAAACGUUCAUGGUCCACAAAAUCCACAAUCCGAGUUGUCAUCGGCAACAACUUGCAUGCCCUCAAAAUCCUCCACUGUUCAGGACUCGGAUGAGGGGACCUCAGUGGACCAUGAAAAAUCAGAAUCUGCGACUGGUCGAUUUCUGACCGAUGACACAAGCUCUACAGAAGAGGAGGGGGACAUUAAGGAAACUGACCCCACAACAUCGGAAAACCCCUCUGGUCGGUUUUUGAUAGAUGACACUAGUUCUAUGGAAGAUGAGGAAGAGGAUAAGGAAACUGACUCCCUGAAGGAUAACCAAGGAAAUGUGUCCUCUGAUGAUAGUGAAAUUUUUGAAGAUGCUCGUCAACAUGAGGAAGCUUCCACAGAACCACCAAUGAAACUCACAAUUACAGACCAAACCACAAGCCAAAAUUCAGAGGGCAGUGGAAGCCCAAGUACCCCAGAGGCUGUAUGGAGUCCCCCAACAUUUUCUUCAGAACCAUCCACAACUAAUCAGACCCCCCACUCUGAAGUACAGGAGGUACCUGUUCAAAUACCUCCAACAGUGCCACCAAAGUUAAAGGAAACUACUCCUACAGGGAAAAUGAUAUCAGACAGAACGGUGUAUCAAAACUGGGAUCCUGAUGACGAAGCUCAAGGAGAUGGAUUUAGUGAACCAAAGAAGCCAGAUAAAAAAGAGGAAGCACCAAUAAACAGAACUGUUUACCAGAAUUGGGAACCAGAGACAGAAUCUGUCCCUCCUAAAGUUCCAGAAAGGUCAUACAGGAAAGAUGCUCCUCCUCCCAUCCCUCCUAAGAGCUUUCGAAGUAUUGCCCCAACACCUGAGUCUGCUGUUUUUGGUAGUGAUGAAUACCAAAGUGUGCGCUCUACAGCAGGUAACAUAAACCAGUCUAAUGUUGCUACACAUCCGACAUUACCAGAGCAAUCUCCUACAGUGCAACAAAGCAACACCAGCAUAGAAGAACAGGCUCCAGCUCUGCCCCCUAAACCCCCCAUCAGUGACUUUGAGGCUAAUCCACAGUCAUUGCCACCAAAGAUGGAAUAUCCACACACCCCAUACCCUUCAUAUCCAUAUACAUCCAUGCCAGGAGGCAUGCCAAGUUAUGGUAAUCCAUAUGUACAAGGACAACAAGAUUUUGACCCCAGUUUAUGGGGAAUUACAAAAGAAAUGCUACAGAACCCAGGUUACAUGCAACAAUUCAUGUACUGGCAACAGUAUUGUUAUAGUCAACAGCAGCAACAACAGUACUCCAAGGGAGCCCCACCCUCUAAGGCUCCCAGUGGUCCCACUCCAGGAGGAGAUUCUGUCAAACCUGGUCAAGACAAGGAAAUUCCAGUUCCCAAGGGUCAUGGUCAUACAACUCCAAACCUUCAGUCCAAGACUAAGCCUGCCACAGAACAUAAACCCCCAAAACCUGAACCAAAGAAGAAAGAAAAGAAACCACCCAAGAAGUUACCUACAGGAAAUGUGGAAAAAGAAACAAAACCUGUCCCAAAGCAAAAUGAACAGACCCCUGUAGACUUGUUUGUUUGUGUGAGUGGACUGCACCCUGGCACCAAGGAAGAGACCCUCACCAACUUUCUUGAGGCCAGAGCUUCUGGGGAUGUUGAAGUAGAGAGUGUGGUCUACAACGAAGGAAAUACCACUGCCAUUGUGCAGUUUGAUUCUCCAGUUGAUGCUGAAAAAUUGAAUGAUGCAAGCAAGAAGAAAAAAUUAGAGGGAAAAGGUAUAGAAAUUAGUGCCAUAGAUCCAGUGAAGCUAAUUGUGGUAUCAGCCGAAGGGGAGGUGACUGAUGCAAAACUGAAGCAAUAUUUCCAGAACAAAGAACGGAGUGGGGGUGGAGAGGUUCAGAGGGUAACAAGUAGAAAUGAUGGCUGCUUCACGGUCAAAUUCAAACAUGAAGAAGAUGCCUUACAAGUUUGUAAGAAGCUGGACCAUGAAGUAUCAAACACACCCCUUGUGGUUACUCCCAUGUUCUUCACAGAUCAAGGAGAGAUAUACGAUUCCUCAAAACACACAGUGCCAAUACCUGAGGCGUUCACCAUCGAUGAUGUUGACCUUCAUGUACAAAGAUAUCUACAGCAAUCAAACCCAGUUUUAGAACGACUCAAUUCUGAGCUAGAGAAGAAACAUGCCAAGGUCAUUAUUAAAACAGAGGAAAUUCAGGUGGAUUGUCUUUUGAAUCAGAAAACACAAAAUGUACGUCAACUCAUCAAGUCGUGGAAAACAGACGUAAAGGAAAUUUUUGAUGAUUAUGUACGUGAAAGCAUUCAUAAGACCGAGAUUGAAGUGACGGAAGAUGCUUGGAAUGAAGUGGAAGAGUACAUGACCACCACACAUACACAUAGCCCUGAGAGUAUUUUGACUGUCUAUGAAAAAGAUAGUCUCAAGAUUGUUCUGGUUGGAGAGAAAAUGUUGGUCCAGGAAGUUCACAUUCAAACCAGUAACCAGCACAAAGCCAUAGAAAGCAAGAUUGAGAGGAAGAAACAGAUAAUAUUGGAGGAGAGAGAAUGCUGUGCUCCAAAUAUAAGACUUCUAGAAAGACUGGGAAUUAUCACAGAGGUGAAUGGCAUAAGAGAAGAUUUGGAUGUAGAUACGGAUAGUUCAAAUGGUAAAAUUUUGUUCAAGGGUGUGAGGGAAGACAUUUUGGAAGCAAGAGUCAAAAUUGAAGAAAAGCUUAGUCAGUUUGAGAGGUGGACAAUUUCACAAGAGUUAUCCAAAUAUCAAAUUCUCCUGUUGGGAACAGAACCAGGGCAAUUUAACUUACAGAAAGAGUUCGAGAGCAAGGGGCUUACUGUUGAGAUGGAAUUUCAAGAUGAUAGUAUUAGAGUAUAUGCAAUAGACAGUAGUCAGAAAUCCAUAGCAAACAAGAUCAUCCUGGACAUGACAAAAGAAUCUGUGAUUGCCCUUGAUGAAACUUCUUUGAAUGUUCUGUCCACUGAAAAGUGGGAGUAUGAAGUGAUGAAAAUGCAGUCAGAGUAUUACGAAAAAGUGAUGAUUUCCCCUGCAAAUGAUGCCAAAAUCACUGUCACGGCUUUCAGCGAUCUUCAUGACUAUAUCAAGACAAAGCUGGAAGACUUCAUCAAGGAGAAUUCCAUCUAUACAGAUAUAGUGGACAUUGAAGAUGAAGGGGUUAUGAAAUUUAUUGGAAAGCAUUGUUCAAAACAGUUAAAUGACAUUCAGGCGAAUCUUUCACAACAUUUUGUAAAGCUGGAUGUUCAGAAUAAACAGAUAAUGAUUGAAGGGACCAAAGAGGGCCUGUCACAGGCCAAAUCUGAUGUCAUGGAUAUGAUUGGGGAUAUACAUCAUGUCAUGAAAACUUACGUUCAACCCGGAAUCAACAAAGUCCUUCGAACGGACCAAGAACAGUUGAUAGAAAUAGAGGACAGAUGCCAUUCAGUUAUUAUGUUCACUGGUCCCAAACAGCCGGAUUUCACAUUUAAAGCAGAACCAGUCCGAACCAAACGACGAAUUAUCCCUGAAAUAGAGGAAAUGUUACGAUCCUCCAUAUUUUCUGAGAGACCUAGACCUGUGCCGACACCCCGGAUUCAGACAGGACCAUACUGCUGUGCAGAGAGCAACAUCAUAAUUAGGCUGGUCAGAGGAGAACUGGCAAAGCAGCAGGGAGAUGUCAUUGUGUGCUCUGUGGCACAGGAUCUUCAGCUGAAAAAAGGAAAAUCUAGCAGGAAUCUGCUAGAGGAAGGUGGACAGGGACUUAUGGCAGAGGUGGAGACUAAAUACCCAAAUGGUAUCCAGACUGGGGAGCUAGCAAUUAUUGGUGGGGGGAACCUGAGGUGUAAGGAGCUGUACCUAGGUUAUCUACCCAACUGGGGGUCCACACAUGGCAAGAUAUUGGUGGAGUUUAUGAACAAGUGCUUGAGAACAGCCCAUGAUUCUUCCUAUCACUCUAUUGUUUUUGCUGCCCUGGGUACAGGCCAGUUGGGAUACCCCAAAGAUCAGGUGGCAGAGAUGAUGUACCAAACUGUCAUCGACUUUGACCGUAAAUGUGCUGGGACACAGGUCAAAGAGGUCAAAUUCAUCUGCUACCAUGGAGAUCUGGAAACUUGUGAGGCAUUUGAAGCAGAAGAGAAACAUCGACUUAAUCCUCAUCUCCCAAAGACCAAAAUUAAAGCCUCCAGAAAGGGACCAUACAUCACAAAGAGCAAGAUGAAGGUUUCUAUUGUAAAGAGUGAAAUUGGAAAACACAGUGCUGAUGUCCUGGUAGUGGCUUGUGAAAAGUCACUGAAUCUAUCGUCAUCUGGAAAAGCUGCUAAGUCUUUGUUAGCAAGUGGAGGGAAUUUGCUACAAGAGGGAGCUAAAGUGAAGUACCCUAAUGGCAUUGCUAAUUAUGGGGACUUCGCUAGUAUUCCAGGAGCCGGACUUAACUGUCAAGAAGUGUAUUUAACUGCCAUUCCUGGUGAAGAAGAGAAAUCACAGACAACCUUAUGUAAAUUUGUGGCGGACUGUAUGAAGCAUGCUGACCAAUCAGGAUACAGCUCCAUAGCUUUUGCUGCCAUGGGAACAGGUAGCAUGAAAUAUUCAGCUACAGAGGUGGCCAAAAACUUUUACCAUGAAGUGAAGAAAUAUUCCAACAACCAUCCAAAUUCUAAUGUGAAACAUGUGCAGUUUGUUCUCCAUCCAGCAGAUGCAAAAACCAUCAAAGCUUUUGAAGACCAUGAAAUGCAGCUGUUAAACAAGACCGUUUACUCCAGUGGUUCAGGUGCUUACACCACAGCUAGUCAUGGAAUUGUCGUAACAGUAAAGACGGCUUCUAUCACAAAGUUAAAGGAUGAUGUAAUUGUUGUGUCUGCCCACCCUGACCUUGACCUGAGCAGGACACAGGUCACUCAGGCUGUAAUGAAGGAGGGAGGGAGCAAAAUUCAGCAGGACCUGAGGGGUAGCUAUCCAAAUGGAAUCAAAGUGGGGGAUCUGGCCAUUGUUACUGCAGGGAACUUGCCAUGUAAGGAGGUCUAUAUCAUGACCUUACCCAAAUACAACGAAGAUCCCAAAACAGCAGAAAAACAUCUGAAAGACUUGGUGGUGAAAUGCCUGACUGUUGGAAACCAGAAGGGACAUAGUUCCAUCUCCUUUCCUUGCCUAGGAACAGGGUAUAACGGGUAUCCCCACAUACAAGCCGCUGACUUGCUGUUUGAAGCAGUAACUGAGUUUGAUAGAAAGGUGUCUUCUACCAACAUCAAGACUGUGAACUUUGUUGCCAUCAGUAGUGAUCGGAAAUCUCUUGGGGCAUUCCAGAGUGAGGAGAAAAAGUUCUGUUCCCAGCAGGCUCAACCCUCCCUUGAUCAGUCCAUUCUGGGGCAGAGCGUAAAUCUCAGCUCCUUGGGUUCCUCCAUGGCUGCAGGGGCCACCAGUUUUGCAAGAGGUGUGAUGACUAGAGCCAGCAGGAUGUUCAAGAGUGAGGAGGAGGAAGAAACCUCUGAUGUCAUCGCUAGACAUGGACAAAAACCGAAUGAGGUUGUGAUUGGCCAGUUGACAAUCAGUGUAAGUGCAGGUGACCUUACAGAGCAGAAAGUUGAUGCCAUUGUCAACAGCACCAACCUAGAGCUGGACUUUACACAAGGGGGAGUUUCUGCUGCACUUGUCAAGAAAUGUGGAAAACAGCUGGAGACAGAGUGUGCUGCUAAGAAGAAAGAAAUGAAGGACAAGAAGAUGAUUGUGACCUCUGGUUGUGGACUUGGUAAUAUUAAACACAUCAUCCACAUCGAAUGUCAGGAUACCAUCAAGAAAUGGAAAGAUGUGGUGAAUAGAACACUGCAAAUGGCCGACAACUCACAGUGUACAACUAUAGCCUUUCCAGUUCUGGGAACAGGAAAAGGAUUUGUGACCUUCAAACCAGAAGCUAUUGGAGAGAUGUUUGUGGAUAGUGUUUCUGAAUUCUUGUCACAGAAUGGUCAGAGUAAGAUCACAAUGGUCAAGAUUGUAGCAUUCCAGGAGGAGAUGGUCACUCCCAUGUCCACUGCAAUGAGGGAUGCAUGUGGGAAAUCCAAGAGUACAGGGAUGUUGGACAAGCUGUCAGACUUGGCAAGCAAUGUUGGAUUGGCUCCACAGAGAGGUUUGGCUUCAUCAACUGUUGUUGUUGAAGACCAAUCUGUGACUUUAUGGAUCUAUGGAGAAACAAAGGGAGCCAGAGAUGAUACAAUUGAGGAAAUAUCAAAAUUCAUCAAAUCACAGUCAACAAAAGCUAAAAUUGAGGAUGUAACAUUACUUCCAAACUUGAAACCAAAUGAGUUGGACAAGAUUAAAAAAGUGUCGGAUCAGCAUGAUGUCAAGAUGUCCAUUGAACAACAGAGAGGAGUUAUAAUGAUAGAGGGUCUGACAGAGGAGGUAGCUAAUGCCAAAGACAAAAUACAUGAGCUGCUGAGACACUUCCAGAAAGAGCGAUGGUUGGAUGAGGAAGCCAAACUGGUGGCUGAUACAGUGCAAUGGAGCGUCAUGGUAAAAGACCAAAUGACUGGUAUAGACAAACUUGAAGAUUAUCCAGAACGUCAGAAUAUGUACCUUGAGAAUGCUUACAAGAAGAAACAGAACAUUGUCAAGUUAAAGGCAGUGGAUGGGGAUAUUAUUGUUGACUUGACAACAAUGAAGGAAUACCCAGCUGAUGACCCAACACAAACAGAUAAUGUUGUCAGGAAAGAAAAGGCCACGGGAAAUAAGAUUGAGUUACCAGCCCACUGGACCGUGAUGAAGGAUAAUGAGAAUAUCAAGGUUGUAACAUUACUUCCCUCCAGUACAGAAUACCAGGACAUUGAGAAAAGAUUCCUGAGUGGAGUUAAAACAGGCAUCUACAACACAGGCAAUGCUCCCAAUCCACUUAAUAAUCCAGUCGGGCAGUUCAACAAUGUCAAAGUCAACAAGAUUGAAAGAAUUCAGAACCCUUCAUUAUACCAACAGUAUGCAGCCAAGCUUGAUCACAUAGAAAAGCAUGUGGACCAGAAAACAACCAAGUUAGUACAGGAUCUGUGGCAUGGAGCGGCGCCAGCAGCCAUUGUCAGCAUUAAUUACUACGGAUUCAACAGAAGUUACUGUGGCAAUAAUGCUGGAGAGCCAUGGUAUGGACAGGGCGUUUAUUUUGCCAGCGACGCCUCAUACUCGGCAAGAGACUGGUUAUCGGGUAAAGAUCCUUCGGGUAAAAAAAAGAUGUAUCAGGCAAAAGUGAUAACAGGUCAUUAUUGUAGGGGACAAAAAGGCAUGAGAUACCUACCAGAGAGAAUGGUAGGAGUGAAUUACGAUUGUGCCGUCAAUGACUUAAACAACCCAACAGAAUUCGUCAUCUUUAAUGACACCCAGGCAUAUCCAGAAUAUUGUAUUGAGUUCACGAUUUGAUCUCGGCACAAGCGGUUUGAAUUUUUGUGAGAUAGAGACAGAAAUAUAUAAUUAUGUCGGAUAAACUUUGUAUGAUUGUAAGGAAUUUUUUACAACACAUGUAUUAUGAAUGUCUUGUGAAUUUCUUUAUACUUUAUAUCACGGUAUUAUUUAAUAAAUGAUGAUUAAUUUUGUUAAAUUGCUUUUAUAUGGAGUUCAGGUAAUAAUUGUUACUGUAUAUGAACAAAAUGCUGUUACAAGGGAAAAUGUAUCAGAUUUUGAAAUAUUGAUAUAUUAAUCAUUUUUAUGCUUUAAAUUUUUAGCGAGAGAAACAAAAAAACAUUCCGAUCAUUCCUAGAAUUAAUGUGAAGAAUGAAAAAAAAUAUUAAUAUACUUAAGGCAUUUCUAUGGAGUUUUAGUUGUAUUUUUAUUUCAAGUUAGAUCUUUUUGUAGCAUUGGAAACUUAAAGUGUUUAUGUCCAGUUCUCAUGGUGCCCAGUGAAUUUUUUCAUAAACUCACCACAACUAUAGAUUGUCAUUAACAGUCCCCAGCUAAAUUUAACCAAAAAGCUUUCACAGAUGAUUUAUUAGAUUAGAUGCAUAAUAAUAGUUGCAUCAUGUGCACAUCUAGAGGGGGUGUGUGUCUGGACCCCCCACCCCCCUGGAAUUCGCAGAGUUAUUUAAAGUAUAUACUGAGGCAAAUAAAAAAAGUGACCUUGGACCCUAGAAAACAUGGACCCCACCACCACCAAGAUGAAAUAGUUGUUUUCACGUUUGGGAAAGAAAUUUUUGGGUUGGAAUUUUUCUUUGACUUAGGUGGAAACCCCUCCCCCCCCCCCCCCCCCCCCGGGAAAAAAUUCCUGGAUCCAUGCCUGUUCAUGCAUACAAUGUAUAGAAAAUGUUUAUGUAGAUUGCACUGAGCAAUGUGAACCAUUUGCAGAUAUCUUAAAACGUAUAUUGAUUUGUCUUUCAGUUGUUGAAAGAUGUGAAUUCAAAAUGUGUUGAAAAUUGGAUGCCAUAUUUUUUUUUACGCUCAUCUUGAAACGAGAAUGUAUGUAUUUUUUAUGAUUCCCGUUUAUCACCAAGAUUUCCUUCUUCAUUACUCAAUAAACUAUGUAUUCCUUGAAUGAAAUGACAAUUGGAGUAAGUUUUUACUUUGCUGCUCUGUAAACCUUUUCCAUGGUUGAGUGUAUUUUUACAAUUCUACCUAGACUAUUAAUCAAUUUGUCUCUGACCUGUCAUCUCUUAGCUAGUUACUGUGAAAUCACUAAUUUCCGUGGGGGGUUAAUUUUCGUUGUUUUCAAGGUAUGGAGAGACCCACGAAUUCAUGACCACCUCGAAAUGUAAAAUUCCAUAUGCAUUACUACUCAACACUUGUCCAUCCACAAAAUCAAAACCCCACAAACCUAUAUUUCUUUCUCAAACCUUGAAAAUUUGACUCCACGAAAAUAUGUGAUUUUACAGUAUAAUGUUUAAAUGAUGUAUUGCUCUGCAUGUGAUAUUAUAUUAUUUUCCAAAAAAAAAAAAGAGAAAAGAAAAUGUGUUGGAUGCAUUGUGCAUUUAAUUUGGGCAUAAAUUUUUUCUUGUGUCUGCAUGAGAGUCUUUCAGUGAAUUGCAAUAAAAUCUUUUCAGCA